AGACGAAUCGUAUGCGAAUAACACGUGUACCGAGGUGACAGAUGACAUUUCCCGUUAUAUGCAGACGUUGUACUGACCCAAAGUUUACAACGGAUCUUACAUUGAUAAGCGCAGCAGUGCAAUGCAGAAUUCGAAUAUGUAAUAUUACACCAGGGAUUUCAGUAAUCAAAUCUGUAGAGGAUCAUACAAGUGAUACUAAGAAUGCCAAGAUUUUUCACAAAUUUAUAGGAGAUAUGUUCCCUGGAGCUAAGGUUUUAACAAUGUAUGAGGUCAAAGGUCGCGUCCUUGGUCUUUGUAUUGUGGUGGCAGUGGUUAUCUUCAUCAUAAUAAUGAGUGGGUAUAAUCGUGUGGCCAAGGUUGAUCCACAAAUUAAACCUGGACUCGUGCAAUGGUCAGCUGGACCUCAAAAGGACUUUCAGUUCAGUGGACAGGCUAUAGCAAAUGACAUAUCAGAGGAUAUUUAUGCCAUUGUAUUUGAUGCUGGAAGUACCGGAUCAAGAAUCCAUAUACUUCAAUUUAAGUCUAAAGGAAAAGGAAAGUCUUUAGUUCUUGUCAGUGAGAAAUUUGAUCACGUGAAGCCAGGGCUUUCUUCCUAUGGACAUGACCCAGUACAGGGAGCAGAAAGUCUGAGGAAAAUGCUAAACUUAGCGCUGAGUGUGGUACCAAGUAGCCUGCAACAUGACACACCAAUCACACUCAAAGCUACGGCAGGACUCCGGUUACUACCUGAAAAAAAUUCAACCGAAAUAUUAAAAAGUGUUCGACAUCUGUUUAGAGAGUACCACUUCCUAGUGCCUGAUGAUGCAGUCAUGAUUAUGGAUGGGGUAGAUGAAGGUGUUUUAAGCUGGAUGACUGUCAACUUUUUAUUAGGACGACUGAAGGCAGGCUCUAAAACUGUGGCUGCGUUAGACCUAGGAGGGGGUUCAACCCAGAUCACAUUUAAUCCUACAGAGCAGUCAACUUUUUCAAGUGUUCCACAAGAUUUUAUCAAAACAGUGCAGCUUUUCAAGAAACAACAUGUUUUAUAUACUCACAGCUACCUUGGGCUAGGUCUAAAGGCAGCACGUUUUUCUAUCCUUGGAGGGCCUAGAAAAGUUAAAUCUGCCAUCCUGUCUAGUGUGUGUCUACCCUCCGGACACAAAGGACAUUGGAAGUACAAUGGGAUUGUCUUCAACAUCAGUGGUGACAGUUCAUUGAAGUCUGAGUUUGCCCUGUGCUGGGCAAAAGCUGAGCAGCUUGUGAAGUCUUUCCUCUUAAAUAAAGUGGAUGAACUAAGAAAAAAUGAGCUCUACCUGUUUUCCUAUUUCUAUGACCGUGCUGUUGAUGCAGGAAUCCUAGCAUUUAAAACUCUGCGUUCAGAGAAACCAUUCCUAGCCAUGGACCUUACCUAUAUUUACUCGCUUUUACAUGAUGGCUAUCAACUGGAUCCCUCAGACAGUAUUGUGCUAAAGAAGAAGAUAAAUGAUGUUGAACUGAGCUGGGCAGUUGGAGCUGCCUUUCAACUUCUCUCCAGUACUGGGAAAGCUCGGUGAUGACAGCCAAUCAGUUUUGUGACUGAAGUCUCAAUUUUCGAUUUCCUCUUUUAAAUUUGUAUACUUAAUUUUAAUCAAAUCAUAUUGGAUUAUAUCUUUAUGUCCGUGUACUUAUAAAGACUAUUGUGAGAGAAUUUGAAAUUGUGAAUGGAAAAAUAUCAAUCAUUCAGUGUAACAAAGACCGAAAAAUAUGUUUAGACAAAUGUUUGCAGGUAAUGUAAGUUAUGGUAGAUUCUACUCCUGAACCAGAGUGACUAGAGAGAAUGUCAUGUUUAACACUAGAAUGUCAUGUGUAACACUAUAAUGUCAUGUGUAACACUAGAAUGUCAUGUGUGACACUAGAAUGUCAUGUGUGACACUAGAAUGUCAUGGGUAACACUAGAAUGACAUGUGUAACACUAGAAUGUCAUGUGUGACACUAGAAUGUCAUGUGUGACACCAGAACAUCAUGCGUGACACUAGAAUGGCAUGUGUAACACUAGAAUGGCAUGUGUAACACUAGAAUGGCAUGUGUGACACUUAAUGUCAUGUGUAACACUAGAAUGGCAUGUGUAACACUAGAAUGUCAUGUGUGACACUAGAAUGGCAUGUGUAACACUAGAAUGUCAUGU